AUGCGCCCUAUUGCGUCGCAGCUUUUAGCCCAGACCAAUGUUGGAGGUCGACAUCACAACCCUCCUGCUGCAGCCGUGCUGCUCCUCCUGUGUCUUGGCUUCCCUCCCUCUGUGGCUGUGUGCCCACUAGAUUGCAUUUGUGCAAGUGAUAUAAUUUCCUGCAGCGGCCGCAAUCUGUCCACGACGCCCUUUGAUCUACCAAGUUAUGCCACACGGUUGGACCUGAGCCACAAUGUUAUCACUACCCUGCCAACAGAUUGGAUUCCCCAACAAUUUGCCAGACUUGCUACACUGGUUCUCAGCCGAAACGCCAUAAGCCAAAUUGAGGUAAAUGCUUUCAAUGUCACACCACAUCUCCUGCACCUGGACCUCUCAUCCAACCAAAUAACAGACCUGAACUUCUCCCUCUUCACUGGGUUGAAUGAACUGAAAGAGCUCCUGCUGUAUGACAACAAGAUCGUCCUGAUCAACCCAGGGGAUUUCAGCGAUCUUCACAGCCUGCAGAGGCUCUACCUCUCAGGGAACAGACUGAAGACUUUUCCCUUUGGGCUGUAUUGGGAACCUGGAGGGCCCCGUAACCUGACCUUUCUUGAUCUGUCCUACAACAGGCUCUCUCAGGUGCCUGUCCAGAGUCUGCUGUCUCUCACCCAACAAGGUAGCAUUUAUUUGCAGGAAAACCCUUUGGUAUGUGACUGUGCUUUACUCGCCUUACUCGAGUACUGGAUGUGGAAACAGUAUCAGCCCCUGAUGGAAUUCAGAGAUGGAUACCCAUGCAGGGAUGAUUCUGGACCAGGGCCUGUUCGUAGGCAGCAGGGAGUGUCAAACAUGCCCCUUGAGUCACAGACUUACCAAGAAGAGCCUGGUAAAUGGCUGAGCGUGCCAUGUCCAGGGUUGGAAUCUUCAGCCCAGGAGGGCCUUGUUGUGUUCUGGGUUACCCCAAUGACUGUAUUGAAUUCAUCAACAAAUGAUCCCAGUGCCCAUUUAAUAGUUCUCCCCAAUGGCACCCUUGAAAUCCAAGGAGCACUCAUAGAGGAUUCUGGCACAUAUGGGUGUGUGGUAGCCCGCCAGCGCCACUAUGACCCCUACGAGUCUGUUGAGGUCAAUGUUGUGGUCGGAAACUUGAGCACUGCCUCUGCAAGUGGCUUGACCCAUCGCAGUGGCACAGAGCAUUUCAACACUGCGUUCACCACCCUUGCUUCCUGUGUGGUCAGCAUCAUAUUGGUGCUGCUGUACCUCUACCUCACCCCCUGUAGGUGCAGAGAAAGCCGGGGUGGAUCGAGAGGGUGCGGCGGGCGAGCCAUCCUUCUCUGUUCAGACCCCAGAGAGGCAGAGUCAGGAGAGCGUCGGUCAAAUGGAAAGAGGGUGGCUUUCUUAGAGCCUCAAGCAGAGGACUCUGAUAUUGGCGGCUCCAAAACACCAGCAAUGAACUUGGGUCAUGUUACUACUGAGGGAAUUCUAAAGAAUGGAAGUAGGACAGUUGGUCAGACCUACAUAGAUCCUGCUCAAAUAGCGUAG